AUGCCAGGCGCUUUGGCGGCAAAUGGACAUACAGGAGCGCACUCGGACGUGCUGCACGGGAAGCGCGCGUCCCCGGGCAGCGGCAUCAGCAGCAGCAGUAACAACAACGGCGUCUCCAUGGGGUCACCGGACGGGGAGGCAGGGGGGCGGCUGCCGGUAGAGAGACUGACACAGGGCCGCACCGGUGUGGUAAGGUUUGCCCGGUCUGAGCCUCAGCGGCGCGAGGCCUGGACCAUUUUCACCCCGGAGACGCAGGGUGACCCUCGCGUCAAAGCGGAGCGCGGCGAAGGGCACCGGUUCGAUUCCAGGACGGUCACGCAGGACUGGUGUGACGUUUGUAACUGUCAGAUCAGUGCGCGUGCAGCUCUGAAGUGUCAAAAACUUCUCCGGGCGAGGGGCACGGACCACGGGGGACGCCUGCCAUGCGUGUCUGACCGACGUGUUGCAGAGACCGGCGGAGGUGUGAGCGGCGCCGGGGUCGCGGGGGGAGCGAGAGAGCGGCAGGGGGCGGGGGGCGUGCGAGGAGGAGGAGGAGGAGGAGGAGGACCGGAGGGCGCCGGCGGUGGAGGGGUGGCAGAGCGGGAGGCGCGGGGGCCGUUGGUUCGGAGCGGGGCACCGGUGGCAGAGUGGCUGCGCUGGGAUGGCGGUGGCGGGGGGCACUGGGGCGGCUGGCGCUGGGGCAGCCCGCAAAGGGACAAGGGCUGCCGGACCACCGAGAGGAGGGCCAGCGAGGGCGUCUACGCACACCGGACCCUCCCCUCCCCGGGAUGGUGGCACCGGGCGCUGUGGCCGGCGCCGAUAGGACCCCUCACGGCGGGGCAUGGGAUCGCGGAGGCGGGGGAACAGGGAGACGGGCCAGGUGAGGAGGCGGGGCUUCCCGGGGCGGUCCCGUCGAUCUUGCAUCAGGUGUCGGUGUGUCUGGAGGAGGUGAGGGGGGACGCGGAGGGGGAGGACGGGGCGGUGGGCAGCGCCUGUUUCGGCCCGGUGUCCCGGCGUCUGGGCCGGCUGCUGAAGAGGCUGCCCAAGUCGCGCUCCUGGGGAGACGGGCUCCGCACGCUGCGGCGGACGUCCUCCAACGGAUCCCUGAUCACCGCCUCAGACUGCAGCUACACCUGUCAUCCGGAAUGUGAGAGCCACGUACAGCUGGACUGCAACCAGAAGGAAAAGAGGGCCCAGGAAACUUCAUUACCCAGAAGCCACUCCUCAAUCGCCACCAAACACAAGCUGCGGAAUGAGGUCAAAACAGAAGAGGAGGGAGGGACGAAGACCCUGUCCGAAGAGGAGGUGCAGACAAGAAUAGCGGGGUACAAUGCUCAGAUCUCUGAGAACCUCAUGAAACUGGGUUCCGACGGGUGCUACACAGGCUUCAUCAAGGUGCACCUGAGGCUCAGUCGGCCCGUCACAGUCAACGCCGUGGAGGGCUCCGCCCCGGAUGGCGGCCUGGGGCAGGCCAACAGACCGAGCGGAUCGCCGCCGCCGGCCCCCGAAGGCCAGGAGGAGACGACCGCCGGCCAGGGUGCAGACAACAGAACCUCCUUCUACCUGCCGACCGACUGUUUGAUGCAGCUGCACAUCAGCUCAACCACCACGGCCCGGGAGGUGAUCCAGGGCCUGCUGAAGAAGUACAUGGUGCUGGAUAACCCCCGCAAGUUUGCCCUGUACAAGCAGACGCACCGCGAGGGCCAGGCUCUUUUCCAGAAGCUUCCUCUGUGUGAGUGUCCUCUCCUCCAAAGGCUGAUGGCCGGGCCCGACCCCAAGCAGCUUAGCUUCAUCCUCAAGGAGAACGAGACAGGGGAGGUCGAGUGGCAUGCGUUCUCCGUUCCCGAGCUGCAGAACUUCCUGGUGAUCCUGGGGAAGGAGGAGGGGGAGCGGGUUCGCACGGUGGAGCAGCGGUACUCCGUUUACCGACAGAAACUACAGCAGGCGCUACAGCACCAUGACCCCUGACCCCUCACCUGUCGCCUUUAUGACCUCAUGUCCAGGAGAGGAGGGGGUGGGGGGACCACUGAUAUAUUCUAAGAUUGAAGCCGGAGUCAACGUUGUCCCUUACUACUCCCCCUCCCUCCCCAUGCCCUUCUGCCACCCACCCAAACACACACUCACACACACACUCGUCUUGACAGUUAUUCUCAGGACAUACUGGGAAUCCCUCCUCCCCCUGCCCUCACUGAUUUCUCCUCCUCAGAGAAAGCCCUAUGGUGUGUGUGUGUGGGGUGUUUGGUGUAUUUGCAGACUGACCAAGCGACAUGUUUCCAUCUCCACAAAGGCACACCAUCAUACAACCUAAAAACAUUGACUUUGAGAUGUAGCUUGGGACUGAAAGGGGAGAGAUGGGUCUGAUCCGAUACGGUUUAGUAUUGUUAAAGUUGACCCUUCUUCUGCUACUACUACUGCUGCUGCUACUGCAAGUGUUACUUACGCAUGAGUGUCUCCCUCCAAGCACCUGCAUACAGACAGAGAGAGACACACACACACGCACAAACAUACAACACCGGAUCAUAAAUCCACAGGGGAAACCGUUAAAAUCUUCACAGGUUUGGAGAAGGGUUCUAUGUUUGGAUGGUAGGAUGGUGAAUCAUCGACGAAGUAGGCCUUCACUCACUAUGUCAAUCAUCAAAAAGGUUAGUGGGCAGGGAGUACUCAGGGAGCCUGGGUGGGAAUAAAGGUAAACGAAAAUCUAAUAAUCAGAGCUCUAUUGUUCCAUAAAUACAUCACUCCCUCUCAGGACGGCCUAUUCCUUCUCUUUGUCCUAUCUGGAACUCACACAGUAGAUGAGGAUUUACAUAUGAAUAACUGGGCUGCCAGGUCUUCGCUCUUUCUCCAAAAAAAAGGAAGCCUCCUUCUCCUUUUCUGAAGGCAGGUUUACAGAAGUCAGGAAGCGACUUAAAGAAAACAUGAAAAGGAAAUGUACUUGUGUAACUUAAAAAACCUAUUCAUCCCAGUAAUAUUGUGCAUUUCUACUCCACCAAAAAUGCUAAAUAAAUCAUAAAAGUCUGAAUGUGAGUGCAUCAACAAGUCUUAUGGUUCCACCAAUGAAUUAUAGCUCAGUUGGGGGCUACAUUUAAUUGCCCUAGUAUCCUGUAUAAAAAAAAUGCAAACUCUAGAUACACAAUGAAUUCUGUUUCAUGUUGUCUUUAACAUCCUCUUUCUCAAUCAAUUCUGGGAACCUGAACACAGAAGAUUAUUUAUAGCCUGACCAAAUCACUUUGCGAGGUGUGGCAAUCCUUCAAUACCUAUUAACGGAUCCAUUUCAUGUACGCCGGUACCACAUGCGCUUUGUGUUUAAAUUUGAAUGGAGUUGAACACCAAAGCAAAGAGGGGAGGGGCCACAAAGUGUAUGAGAGGACUUCAAAAGCUAAAAAAAAAAAGAACGGUGAGAGAGAUUGUAUAAGAUAGAGCUGAGAGGAUAUUUACUAUAGGCUGUUUUGCACAUAUAGCUAGAUGUGGGAUGCCCUCCUGGCCCAUAACAUUCAAACAAAGAAGACAGAAACCUAUCAAACGGCCUUGCAGAUUGUUCUCUGAUAAGAUAUCAGAAGGAUGUAAUUUAUUGCUUGAUUGCUUGGUUGUUGAUUGGUGAUAAAUAGGCUGUAUAAUGAAGAGCGGUGUAUAAAUAUAACAAGAAAUAGAUGAAGUUUUAAAAUGCAUUAUGGUGAAUUUUACAAUAAUAUGAAGACAAAUCUCUUGUUUCAUUAUUACAGGAUGGUGUAAACCCACUUGUGCAUCUCUGCUUGCAAGAAUAAUGUAAAUACUGUUUGCUAAUGAGUGUUUGUAGUGUUACUCUCCUCAUUUAUCAAGCAGGGCAAGAGAAAUAAGUAUGGGUAGUGGUGUCAAUCAGAUCCCCUUAUGUAAACCAUUGUGACUGCAUCCUACAAAAGUUUAUCAUGCAUGUGUCGUAAUAUAGCCUACAUCUUACCAAGGCAUUUAUGCAUCCUACAGCAUUUUGCACACAUUGACCUUCAAUCAUUUUGGCACAGAGGGAAAUAUUUAUAGAUGAGGCCUGUUGUGGAUAAGUUCAUGGAUCACAGUGUUCUCCACCAUCGUCACCGUCCUGCUCACUGAGAACCUUUGAGUGUGAAGGUCUCUCCUGCUGCCAGUGCCUUUUGUUACAUGCGCCCUUGUGUGUUUGAGUGUCUGUGUGUGAGUCCACUGUAUGGUCAAAGGUUGGCAUAGUUGGGAUAUGUACUAUUUGCAUUACCCCAUAUGAUACCCUUCCCUCAGCUUGCCAUUCAUUUUGUGUGUGCCUAUGUGUGUGUGUGUGUGUGUGUGUGUGUGUGUGUGUGUGUGUGUGUGUGUGUGUGUGUGUGUGUGUGUGUGUGUGUGUGUGUGUGUGUGUGUGUGUGUGUAAUUUAUUUCAUGGUCGUCUCCUUGGCAUGGUUGUAUGUCAGGGAUGUGAAUAGGUUAUGCUUUAAUGGUGAUUUAUUUUUGUUUCACUUGAAAUUAGUGUGUAUGAAAGCAUAAGUAAAGCUGUACAGGAAAUGUGAAUUAAUAAAAAAUAAGUUAAUCCCUUUA